AUGAAUGGCUACUUCAAAUCCGAGUCUGGGAAGGUCAAAGCUGAGAGGGGAAGCACCCGAUGGGUCUACAACAACUUCCUUCGGAAACAGACCAAACUGCGCUGGGUCUGUGGCUUGUGCAAUGUUUGGUGCAAAGAUGAAAACGGCUUCAAAUGUCAUUUGGAACAUGAAAAUCAUAUCCGAAAAUCCGAGAUUGCACGGAAAAGCAAAGCGCCGGACUUCAAGAUGAGUCCUCGAGAUGAGGCAUUUGCGGCUAGCUUCGUGCAAUAUUUGGCGCAGAACUACUUGAAUCGAAAGGUCCUUCUACAUGAAGUCUAUCGAGAAAUGUAUCCGGACGAUCGCUUUCAGAGAUUGAUGCAGGACACUUGCUGGGGCAGCCUGGGCACUUUCAUCAAUGCACUGAGCAAAGCUGGUGAAUGUGAAGCGGUGAAAGGGCCGAAAGGCUGGGUAGCAUCGUGUUUCCUCGCUCAGAACGAUGCAACGGUGCCUGCAGUGCCUGAGGCCAGAUCCAAAAGGAUGCAAGCCUCGUGGGCCGCGACCCUGACGCCACCGGCUCCCAAACGAAGAAAGGAUGACGGUGGGGCACGGCGUGCAGCGGCCUUGGCACGGGAAGCCAAGGCGGAACGGAGCGUUGAGGAAGCUCCGGAAGCGACCUUGGGAUCCAAUGACCGAGGAAAGGUUACCUUUCAGCUGGGCGCUCGGCCCAAGGACAAAGAUCUGCCGAAACUGGCGUCCAUGGCGUCAAUGCCACUUUCUUCUGAUUCACACUGUAGCACUGUUUCCACGUUUUUUUGGCCACCAGGUCUCGUGGUGAAGGUGCUUUGUACCGAAGCUUUGGCAGGCAAGGCUGCAGGGCUGAAGGCUGAGACGCUGGAAUCCUUGGAUUGCAGCAUGGUCCAGGUGCGUUUGCUCAAAGCCGUGGAUGGUAAAGAGAACUUGCUGAUCUCGGUGAGACCUGAGCUGCUGGAGACCGUGUUGCCCAAACUGGGCAGUCCUGUGCUGGUCUUGGAAGGAAGCGAUGACGAGAGCAUGGAAGGCAUUUUGGACUCCGUGCAGACGGAGUCCUACAGUUGUACUGUUCAAAUUGGAAGCUGCAAAGUAUCCGGCUUGCCAUAUGAGCGCGUUUGCAAGAUGGCAGCAUGA